UCUAGUUUGUAUAUUAAGAUGUGUACAGCUCGAAGCGGAGUCAUCGAUUGCGUCUUCGAUGUCCAUUUUCAUCUCAUCGUCAUGUUAUAUCUGCAGAGGUGAAGUUAUAGCUCAAAAUAACGUUUUAUCAGACUACGAUGUUCACAAAAGUGUGGCUGCUGUUUCUGGUCUUUCCUGUCAUUUUAUCUAAUGCCCAGUUUAAUGUACCUGAAAUCCAUGCCUUAGGCUGCUUGUCAUCAACAAUUCAAAAAUACGAGUGUUCUUGGGAGUUAGGUCCUAAUGGUCAAGAUAAUGAAUAUCAAGUCACUCAGAAAGUACUGCUUCAACCACCGACAGUAAUUAAAAAAAGCAACAUUUUUGUUGACGGAAGGACUCUGCUGGUGAAAUUCCGCAAUAAAGACUAUGGUAGUAUUAGUAAACAACGCAUCACUCUUAAUGCAACCAACCGCUUUGGCUCAAGCAUUUAUUCAUCAAUUGAAUAUUAUCCUAAGCAACAAGCAAUACCACUACCUCCUUCUGGUUUACAUGUGAACCGUAAAUAUCAUGAUUAUAUGGACAUUUCUUGGCGCAAGUCGAAAGGAGUUGCCCUCUACGAAGACCUGUUGAUCUACAAACUUCGGUACAGAGACCCCACAGUCGUUUAUUGGACAGAGAUACGAGAUCUACAGAGAAGGAAGUUCGAGUUACAUAAUGUGGAUGCAUUUACAGAGUAUGAACUUCAAGUUGCGUCAAAAUUUGUAACCUACGAGAACCAGUCAGCAGGAUGGAGCCCGUGGUCAACAAAAAUAUUAACAACCACGGAUAUGACGUAUCCUGGAUCACCGAAAAACCUCAAAAUACAUACAACUUUCACUAAUUUGACAUCUAUCCACGUUACAUGGCUGCCCCCAACCCAACGGAAUGGACCAAUCAGUAAGUACUAUGUCCGCUACAAAUUUACCGACACAUCAUGGAGUUCAAAACUGUCUGUCACCUCAACUUGGUUUGACUUAAACGCAAGAUGCACAACUGGCCAGGUUUACCGACUUAAAAUUGGCAUCGCAGCGGUGAACGUAUCGCCCGAUGGCAGAGAGUUCAUUGGUACAGAGGAGUUCGUUGCUAGAUCUGUCUGUAGUCAAACAAAUCAAUAUGAUGAAUACGAAGAAGAUACUGUUGCGAGUUUGGAUGAUGAAUCUAGUUACAAGAAGAUUCACACUGCGACCGUAUUAAUCAUCAUAUUGUGUGUUAUUGGACUCUGUUUCAUGUUCAUCUUGAUCACAGUUAUAUUCUAUAAACGAUCUAAACUACACGGCAAUCCCAAGAUAGAAUGGAGAUUCAUGCAUUUAGAAGCCCCGAGUCCGCCACAAACUGAAACUGAAAUUUUUGAUGAGUUACCCAGACGGCUAAACCAAAGUUUGCAAGACACAGCUGUAAACGAUGUAUUGAUGUUACCUCAUUCAUCUUCAGCUUUAGCAACGAGCGAAUGUAUUAGCGACUCCAAUGACGCCAUUGACCAGGACAAGCAUUCAGAAGGCAGCUGCUGCGAUGAUUCAAGCGAUUUAAAAGAUCCCAAUGAAAAUAAUGAAAGACUAACGGAUCAAUGGCCUGUUGCUGAGGAUUUUAGUUAUGUAACAAAUGGCUUCUAAUAAAUAUCGGGCCUCGACCUUUAAAAUUCUAUUUCCACGUCAGGAGCGGAUCCAGUAAGGGUGGGGUUGGGGGGACACGAGGGCACGUUCCCCGUUUUACCACAAAAUUUUAAAAUUUAACUACCGCACUGUAUCAAAGCAAAUCACAAGAUAAAGGGUUCAGGAUUUUUACAUUUUACUAAGAAUUGGAUAUUGACUACAGUGAUUUACAUGUAGAUUAGAACUGCCACAUUUUUCUUACUAUCUAUGCAAUGUAGGCCAAUGUAGGCCUACUUUAGAACAGUAUGUACUUCUUAUUGUAGCAUUAUUUUAGUUUAGAAAGUACAGUAUCAAAUUUUAGUUUUUAACAUUCGUAUGCUUAGACCUAUAUUUUGGAGUUAUUUUGGUGUUAAAUAAGCGUUAUAACACUAAACAUACUCAAAAAACGCACUUGCAUUAUUAAUAGGCCUGCAAGAGAUUUUGGAAGUUCAUACAGUAUUAGAUGCAGGCCUAGUUAAAUGCUGCUUUUAUAAUAUGUUAGCUUAAUCAUAAUAUACUGACAAUCUGAUUCAUAUUUUGAAAGUUAUCAAAUUACAAAUUCUUUCUUGGUAAUGAUAUGAUAAUGCACACUUUUGAAUAAUGAUCUUCUUCGCCUCCUAUUUGGAACGCCGAUGUACAUAAGCCUAAGUAGGUAUAAUCAGUAGUAUAUUUAAUAAAUUAUGACUGAGUUGUUGGUUUUUUUUAAAUUAUUAUUAAAACG